UCUUCUCAGCUUUGCUACUGCUCACUCUCCAGAUUUCCUCCAUCGCUCUCUCUCUCUCUAAAACCUCUCAUUCUCUCUCAUCCAAUUCUCUUCAAGAACUACAUCACACCCAUUUCUCACUCUUCUUCUACUUUCCUUCACCUUCCAAUCCCCCCAUUCAACAAUCUCGGAGCUCAGAUCUUGAUUCUACUUCCACUCAACAAGAUCCAUAAUUCUAUACUAAACUGCUGCAAAGGAUCUUGCUUACGGCAUUUGGCUGUUCGUGAGUGGUCCAAGGUUCUAAAGCGCAAUGAUACUUGGUAAUGUAGAAAAUUGAAGUAACAAAUGGAAGGGAACAACAGAGGAGAUUUUCUUGGAAAUGUAGUCAAGCCAUCUUCUUUAAGGCCUAGUGGCAGUUUUAAGCCUUCAUUAUCUGGAAAAUCAACGCCUAGAGGUUCCCCUUCAUUUAGGAGAUUACAUUCAAGUCGAACACCAAGAAGAGAAGCUAGGAGUACUGGUUUUGGUUUGCAUUGGAUUCGAAAUAAUAAAGUCUUGUUUUGGCUAUUGCUGAUUACUUUGUGGGCUUAUCUUGGGUUUUAUGUUCAAUCAAGGUGGGCUCAUGGAGAUAAUAAGGACGAGUUUUUGGGAUUUGGCGGUCAACAAAGUAAUCAGAAGACUGAACAGAAUCAGUCCGACAGUCUGAUUUCAACUAGCAAUCACUUAGUUGUUGAAAAUAGAUCCGGUGAGAAUAAUAGGAGUGAUGGAGGAGUGGUAAAUGUGGUUUUGGCUAGAAAGGGAAAUGGUGUUUCUGCUUCUAAGAAACCAAAACCAAGGAAAAGAAGUAAGAGAUCAAAGCGUGAUAAAGUGCGUAACAAGGGGAAAAUUCCUGCAGAAGUCACAAAUCAUGACAUUGAAGAGCAGGAGCCUGAAAUUCCUUUGAAAAAUUCUUCUUAUGGAAUGCUCGUUGGCCCAUUUGGUUCAACAGAGGAUAGGAUUUUGGAGUGGAGUCCUGAGAAGCGUUCUGGCACCUGUGAUAGGAAAGGGGAUUUUGCGUGUCUUGUUUGGUCUAGAAGAUUUGUGUUGAUAUUCCAUGAGCUGUCAAUGACGGGAGCACCUAUUUCAAUGAUGGAGUUAGCAACAGAGCUCUUGAGUUGUGGGGCCUCAGUUUCGGCUGUAGCUCUUAGCAAGAAGGGUGGCUUAAUGUCAGAGCUUUCAAGAAGGCGGAUCAAAGUGCUUGAUGACAAAGCUGACCUCAGCUUUAAAACAGCCAUGAAGGCAGAUCUGGUGAUUGCUGGAUCUGCAGUGUGUGCAUCAUGGAUUGAUGGCUAUAUUGAGCAUUUUCCAGCUGGUGCAAGUCAAGUUGCUUGGUGGAUCAUGGAAAACCGUAGAGAGUACUUCAAUCGGUCUAAAGUUGUUCUCGACAGAGUAAAGAUGCUAAUUUUCAUAUCAGAGUUACAAUCAAAGCAGUGGCUAAAUUGGUGUCAAGAAGAAAAUAUAAAACUGAGAUCUCAACCUGCAAUUGUACCACUCUCUGUUAACGAUGAACUAGCGUUCGUAGCUGGAAUUUCAUGUUCUCUCAAUACUGAGUCGUCCAGCCCCGAGAAGAUGUUGGAGAAAAAACAGUUACUGCGUAAUACAAUUCGAAAGGAGAUGGGAGUGGGUGAUAAUGAUGUAGUAGUAAUGACUCUGAGCAGCAUAAAUCCUGGAAAGGGCCAUUUCUUGCUUCUUGAAUCAAGCAAUUUGUUGAUUGACCAGGGACUUAAGAGAGACGAUUCUAAAAUUAGAAAUCCAAAUGAUUCAAGUCCAUCGCGGCCAAAAUUGGCUAGAAGGCGUUAUAUGAGAGCUUUGCUUCAAAAAUUGAAUGAUAGUGGAUUACCCUUGAAAGUACCUAUCUUGAAUGAGUCGAGCAAAAAUAGCAUCGAGAAACUUUAUCUACAGGACCCUGUUAAUGACAUGACCAGGGUAACAGGAAGGAAAUUGCUGGCUGAUGGUGGAGAACUACCGGAAACGUCUUUCAAACUUAUAAUCGGGUCUGUUGGAUCCAAGAGCAACAAGGUCGUUUAUGUCAAGAGACUUCUAAGGUUCUUGGCACAACAUUCAAACUUGUCACAGUCAGUGCUGUGGACUCCUGCAACUACUCGUGUAGCAUCACUUUACUCUGCUGCAGACAUUUAUGUUAUAAAUUCCCAGGGGAUAGGUGAAACAUUUGGACGAGUAACUAUUGAAGCAAUGGCUUUUGGUCUUCCGGUCCUCGGAACUGAUGCUGGAGGAACAAAGGAGAUUGUUGAGCACAAUGUGACAGGUCUUCUUCAUCCUUUGGGACGUCCAGGUACUCAAGUUCUCGCACAAAACUUGGAGUUUCUACUAAAAAAUCCACAGGUAAGGGAGAAAAUGGGAGCUGAAGGAAGAAAGAAGGUAAAGAAAAUUUACUUAAAACGGCACAUGUACAAAAAAUUCGUUGAGGUCAUUGUCAAAUGUAUGAGAACAAAGUAACAUUUGAGAUUUCUCAUUCUUUUAUUGCUGGUAAAAUUGAAGAAUUAGAGAACACAUUGGCUACUGUUGAGUUUACUGUGAGAAAUAUAUAGAAUAAUCUCUUUAAUUUCUCCAAAGAUUGUUGUUACUGGCAGGUUGUUUUUCAGCUUCAGUCGGUUUCUUUUCA